AUGAAGUAUGCUGUUCAUAAGAUGAACUGCAUGAGAUUGGCGUUCGAAUUCGAUUGGGCUAAAAAGAGUGGCUCAUCGGCGGCUGCGACGGCGGCCGUUGUGCGUCCGGUGUACUAUGUUGUUUGUGAUGCGACAGUGACCAAGUUCACAAAAUAUCCAGUAACGGUCACGUCAAGCUCCCGCGAUGACAUGGUAAAAGUUACUGGCAAAUGUGUGGCGAACGCAACUCCAGCUCAGAGUGAAGCUCCAACUGGAUUCUGUACGUCCACCGGUAGAUGGAAUCAUCUGAUUGGUGAAUGUGGCUGUAAGCCUGGAUUCACGAGCGAUUCUUUCACUGGAGAGGAUAAGUGCAUUGGUGAGUUUGAGGUUGAG